AUGCAUUCUCGGACCGUUGCGUCUACAUGGCACUUUGUCUGCGAGUUUGUAAAAAGGCAUCCCUUUGCCUUACAGUUUCUCCUAUUGUUAUGGAUGAAAACGGCGGCAGGAGAAGCUUUCCUGCGAACUAUCCACACAUAUAUCUGGCUGCCCCGCAACACCGUCGAACAUAAUCUAGUUUUAACGGCUAUACUUACAAAUAUUGUUGUGCGGAAGAAGAAACUUGACCUGACUUUUAUUCUAUGGCUUGGCUCCAUGUUGUUCGAGGCAAACUUUCUCGCUAUACAAUGUCAUAAUUCCCAGCUAACCAGAUGGGCUCGCUGGUACUACUUCUGUUUGACCGUCGGCCAGGUCUGCAUCAUCCUUAGUAUUUCUCUUAUGGUUGAAAACUCCGAGUGUUCAAAAUGCUCGGAAGAGCGGUUCUCUCCGGCCAUGAUUACUCCGGAGGGGAGAGAGACAAGAGCUGUAUACUUGGUCUCGUCGCCAGCUUUUGGACCUCCCUGGUUAAUCAGCCGCCUCAAACAAUUUCAGGAUAAAGUGACAAGCCUAGUUGCAAGAUGUUUUAUUUACUGGUAUGGAAGACGCGUGGAUGCCCAAGACAGACGCAGAUUGAGGUCAUUGAUGUCAGACCCGGAAUUCCUGAACAAGGUCCAAGAGAUGAUGACAUUUCCUACACUAGGGCUUUCCGGCAUUGCCGUGGUUGUGUGGAGAUUGUUUUACUGUUCAUUAGACAAAGCCAUUAAUAUCCAAGAGCAGAUUUACAUCAUGGGCUUAGCAGUAACAGCCCGCUAUGGUUUGAAUAAGUCUUUUAUAUGGGCUGCAUGGGACCUGCUAUGCCACCAUGCCCUGGAAAUCGACGGGGUCCUUUAUGAACUCCGCCGAACAGGAUGGUUUAUGGACUCUAUCGACAUUGAGGUUCACUCAAAGACAGACGAUGAAAAGCAAAUACUAUCACGCACGGAAAUAGGGGAGACCUUUUUUAUGCCUGAGGAGAUUCGUCAAACCGCCCAAGAAUUGAACGAUAUUUCACCUGGGUACGACCUUAUUAUCUACAACUGUCAAGCCAUGAGACACAAUCUCUUUCGACGAAUCAUGGACGAUCGACCGAAAUGGCAACGAUACGGUGAUAACAAGCCGCGAUUCAAGCGGCUGAGCUGGCACUAUGUGAACCCCAAUUCAUCCAUCAUGGCUGUCUUGUUUCAUUUUGCAAUGUUUCACGACGGCUUUGAUCCUUUCAACAACUACACAACAUUUUCCGGAAUCUUGCGUUGUGUGUUGGGUGUAAUACAGUUCAACCAUAUUCUCAGAGGGAUUGUAUAUGGCACUUCUACCGCUUAUGGGCGUGUGUUGUGCUAUCGACGAGCCGCCCUUCUAAUAUUCGGAAUGUUUAUGGUUCUUCGUUCGUUUUCCAUGACAUUCGACCUUGUUUUUGAAGAUUAUGUGCAUACUUUGUUGGGGAAAGCUCUCAAUGCUCUCAUUUUAAUCCAGUUCGGAUUGACUGUUGCGGCUUUGCCAUUUCAAGUCGCAGGGGGGUAUGCGAAUGAUUUCAAUGCGCUGCUCUACGUGGGUAAUCAUAUUCUAGAUAAAUUGGGCUGUUCUCUAGUCUAA